AUGAAAAAACUGCAAAGUCAGAACUCUGAGCUCCUUGGGAUGGGCAUUCUGGACCGGAUGGCAUCGGUGCUGUCGGAGGUCUUGAAGACCAAGCAGGUCUUUGCCACAGUGCACAGUGCUGUGAUGAUUUGUGUGCUGUUUGGUGCCUUGCUGACGGGCGUGGUGACUAUGGGCACGGCAACGCUCAGGAAAGGCAGUGGCAAGGCUUCUGACCUUGCACGAAUCCUAGGUUGUUUGGCGCCUGCAGGGCUUCUGGUGGCUGGACACUUCAAUGGUGUCAGCAAGGUGCUUCGAUCUCCUUCCGUGGAUCUCUGCGAGGCGCUUCAGAUGCUGCUGCGGAUGGCUGGCCUCGUUUUGGCAAACGAUGACACUCCCGCGGCCUUUGCCGUUUUUCAGGCUGCAUCACUCCUGACAAAGAUUUCAGGUGAUGUCGCCUCUGGGAGUUUAGCCAAGGAUGUUGGGCUGGUUCGCGGAGACUGGCACAAGCUGGUGGAUAGCCAUGUUGCAGCGAUCUUGUUACCCAUCUUGCUUGGCCUGCUUUGGCUGGGUCUCCGGCACCUCAGGUCCAGUACUCUGCUCUCAGCCACCGCGGUGCUGUCCACCUUGACCUCGCCGGUGGCGCUGGCGCUGGCGUGGCCGCAGGUGACCAAGUUGCUGGGAAGCAGCCAGAAUCCUGAAGGUUUGACUAAGCUGAUCUCCAUCCUCUAUGGAGUCACGGCAGCAGGGACCCUCAUCUCAGGAGGCAGCAUUGGAAUGCUCUCUGUGAUGGUGGUGGUACAAAUUCUGACCAGGAUCCAUGGCACGGAGGUCUUCUCUGCCCUCAGCUGAGUGGCGUGCAACGUGUGCUGCUCUGGAAACA